AUGCGUUCAAGUCAACUAUUGUUGGCUGGCUGUCUUUGCGCUUUUGGAUGCUAUAUUCGUAUCUAUCCUGGAUAUUUGAUUUUUCCAAUUUUAGCUGCUGCUUACCUGCGUUCAAAAGAAAUGAAAACAAUUACUUGCCGUCUAUUGAGUCUUCUAUCUCCACUAGUUGUAUUCAUUGUCAGUUUAUCAAUUUUACUAUGGAUUAGUUUCAUUAUUGUAGAGAAUCAUGAUUGGAGUUUUUUAAGAUCAGUUUACUGGCAUACAUUAACAGUAGCCGAUUGUACUCCUCAAAUGGGUAUCUAUUGGUAUAUGUUUGUUGAAAUGUUUGAACAUUUCCGAGAAUUUUUCACAUGGAUAUUUCAACUACUUAUAUUCACUAUAGUAGUUGGUUUGACAAGUAAAUUCAAUCAUAAUCCAUUGUAUAUUUGCCUUAUGAUAUCACUUGGAAUGAGUGUAUUACAACCGUAUCAUAGUAUUGGAGAGCUUGGCUUAUUGAUAUCUAUUUUGCCAAUGUGGAGUCAUAUUUUAAAGCAAACUCAUUUACUAUUCAUUUCAGCAUGCCUUUUUACCACUUCACUUAUCUUAGCUCCAUUAUUUCAUUAUAUUUGGUUACAACCGGGUACAGGGAAUGCAAAUUUCUAUUUUGCUGCCUCAUUAGUACAUGCAUUUGGUCAGGUGAUGCUUAUCACAGACUUGUUAAAUGCUCAAGGCAAGUAUGAAUUUUAUCGACGUGUUGGCAGGAAGUUGAAACUCAGCACUGGAGACGAAUUGAAAUUAAUUCAAGAGUAA